GCGGCCCGGCGGGGCGGCUGGGCAGCAUCGCCGCCGCGGAGCGCCGCGAGUACCGGGAAACAUGCAACAUGGCAGCAGCCAUGGAAACUGAACAGCCGGGCCUUGAAAUCUUUGAAACUGCGGGCCGUGAGGAGCAGGUCCAGAGAGAGGAGCAGCCAAAACUGGAACCUUUCUAUGUAGAGAGACAUUCCUGGAGCCAGCUUCGGAAACUGCUCACAGAUACGCGGAAGUAUCAUGGGUACAUGAUGGCAAAAGCCCCUCAUGACUUCACGUUUGUGAAGAAAAAUGAUCCUGAGGGACCUCACUCUGAUAGGAUCUACUAUCUGGCAAUGUCUGGGGAGAACAGGGAGAACACGCUCUUCUACUCCGAAAUUCCCAAAACUAUAAACAAAGCUGCCGUCUUGUUGCUUUCCUGGAAGCCUCUGUUGGAUCUUUUUCCGGCCAUCCUGGACUAUGGGAUGUACUCUCGGGAAGAGGAGUUGCUGCGGGAGAGGAAGCGAAUCGGCACCAUUGGGAUCGCCUCUUACGAUUACCACCGGGAAAGCGGCACCUUUCUGUUUCAGGCUGGGAGUGGAAUUUAUCAUGUAAAAGAUGGAGGCCCUCAUGGAUUCACGCAACAGCCUUUAAGACCCAUUCUGGUAGAGACCAGUUGUCCAAAUAUCCGUAUGGAUCCCAAGCUUUGUCCUGCUGAUCCAAAUUGGAUUGCGUUUAUCCAUAGCAAUGAUAUCUGGAUAUCUAAUAUAGAAACCAGAGAAGAAAGGAGGCUAACGUUUGUGCACAAUGACCUGGCCAGUGUUGAGGAGGAUCCAAAAUCUGCUGGCGUGGCUACUUUCGUGCUGCAGGAGGAAUUUGACAGAUACACUGGCUACUGGUGGAGCCCAAAGGCCCAGCCAACAAUGAAUGGGGGUAAAGUUCUUCGAAUUCUUUAUGAAGAAAAUGAUGAGUCAGAGGUGGAAAUUAUUCAUGUCACAUCGCCCAUGCUGGAGACAAGAAGAACAGAUUCUUUCCGGUACCCCAAAACUGGUACAGCAAACCCAAAGGUCACUUUCAAGAUAUCUGAAGUGACAAUCAACGCGGAAGGCAGAAUUGCAGAUGUUGUGGAUAAAGAGCUAGUUCAGCCCUUCGAGAUCCUCUUUGAAGGAGUAGAGUACAUUGCUAGAGCUGGGUGGACGCCAGAAGGAAAAUACAUCUGGUCCAUCUUACUGGAUCGCUCCCAAACUCGGCUUCAGAUAGUCUUGAUCCCUCCUGCAUUAUUCAUCCCCACAGAAGAUGAUGCAAUGGAAAGACAGAAACUUAUCGAUGCUGUACCAGAUUCUGUUACACCUUUCAUUAUUUAUGAAGAAACAACAGACAUCUGGAUAAAUAUCCAUGAUAUCUUCUAUGUUUUCCCUCAAACCCGUGAAGAUGAGAUAGAGUUCAUUUUUGCCUCUGAGUGUAAAACAGGAUUCCGGCACCUCUACAAAGUCAUCUCAGUUCUGAAGGAGAGCAAAUAUAAACGGUCGUCUGGAAGCCUCCCUGCUCCAUGUGACUUCAAGUGCCCCAUCAAAGAGGAGAUAGCAAUCACCAGUGGGGAAUGGGAAGUGCUUGGCAGACAUGGAUCCAAUAUCUAUGUUGAUGAAGCCAAAAAACUGGUGUACUUUCAAGGCACAAAGGACUCACCUUUAGAGCAUCACUUGUACGUCGUUAGCUACCAGAACCCUGGGGAGGUGAAGCGACUGACGGAACGGGGCUACUCUCACGCCUGCUGUGUCAGCCAGGACUGUGACAUGUUCAUCAGCAAGUACAGCAAUCAGAAGAACCCGCACUGUGUGUCACUCUACCGGCUGACGGGACCUGAAGAUGAUGCAGCUCACAGGACAAAGGAGUUCUGGGCUACCAUUUUAGAUUCAGCAGGCCCUCUUCCUGAUUACAUUCCCCCAGAAGUCUUCUCCUUCGAGAGCUCCACAGGGUUUACGCUCUAUGGGAUGAUGUACAAACCUCACAAUCUGCAGCCUGGAAAGAAGUACCCCACGGUGCUCUUCAUCUAUGGAGGGCCUCAGGUGCAGCUGGUGAACAAUCGGUUUAAAGGCAUCAAGUAUUUCCGUUUGAACACUUUGGCCUCUUUAGGUUACUGUGUUGUUGUCAUUGACAACAGGGGAUCCUGCCACCGAGGGCUGAAGUUUGAAGGAGCCUUUAAAUAUAAAAUGGGACAAAUUGAAAUCGAUGACCAGGUGGAAGGGCUGCAGUAUUUAGCGUCGCAGUAUGACUUCAUCGAUCUGGAUCGCGUUGGCAUUCACGGCUGGUCCUACGGAGGCUACCUCUCUCUUAUGGCUUUAAUGCAGAGGUCAGAUAUCUUCAGGGUUGCCAUUGCCGGGGCGCCCGUCACGCUGUGGAUCUUCUAUGACACUGGUUACACCGAGCGCUACAUGGGCCACCCGGAUCACAACGAGCAGGGCUAUUACCUAGGCUCGGUGGCCAUGCAAGCUGAGAAGUUUCCUUCCGAACCAAACCGUUUGCUGCUGCUACACGGAUUCUUGGAUGAGAAUGUUCACUUUGCACACACUAGUAUUUUGCUCAGCUUUUUAGUGAGAGCUGGGAAACCAUAUGACUUACAGAUCUACCCUCAGGAGAGACACAGCAUAAGGGUACCCGAGUCAGGAGAGCACUAUGAACUCCACCUACUGUAUUACCUGCAGGAGAACCUGGGCUCUCGGAUUGCAGCCCUGAAGGCAAUGUAACUGACCUCUGCAGAGCUCUGCUCCACUGGCUGCUUUUCCCAACGAGGAGAUAUAGGAAACUAGAGGAAAUAGCACGGGACAUUGCAUUCUGGUGCCUGCCACAUGUACACACACGUACACACACACGGAGACACUUUUUUUAAAAGUAAAAUUGGUGCCAUACAGGAAAUUAAAAGUACGGAGACCUAAUAACUUUAAAGCUUAAGAUGUAAAUAAAAUCAAAUGUCUGUGGCAUAAUGCAGUACCAUGGGUGUUCUCUUGGGGGAGGAGCUGAAACGGAAAGUAACGUACUUCUACAGCACCAGGUCUUCACUUUUUAAAAGCAUUAUGGCAUAAUUGAUGUAUUUUUACAGUGUGUUCCUUGGUAUCUUGUUACAUAAUACUGGAUGAUUUACUCACUACACAGCAAGGGUUUACCUGAAUGGUUACAACUUGUAUUACAUUUUAAAUGCUAUCAUAUAGCUUUUAUGCUUCAUGAAAGAGAUAUGUCUCACUCCUUAGAAGCUGGACACAAGUUAGACACAUCAUCUAUCUAGUUGUUAAUUGUUUUUUAAGAAGAAAGACUUUUAAGCUGCCUCCUAAAGAAUUUAAAUUUUGGAUUCAGUCCACUUGAUGCCGGUUUCUUUUCAAUGAUUUCUUCUCUCCCCAGGAUAAAUCAUACUCAUUGUUUGUUUCAGCAGCUUGAAAUCCUAUCCUGAUUGUACUUGAUUUCUGUGGGGAAGAGAAAUGAUAUUUUACUGUGAUAUGGGCAUAAGAAUCUUUUAUUCUGAGAUGCAAGCUAACUGAAGUCAAAGAGCUGAAACUGUAAAUUUUAAAACAAGCUUAAAAGUGCAGCCCGUUUCUCACUGACGUUUUUCCCUGGUGUUCAUUCUGGAGCUGGUUUUGCAAUGCUGUUUUCUCACUGUCACAUCAGCAUGAUAUAGGUAUGUGCAUCCUGUUACAGUUUUAAAAUUCAAUACUCUGUUUCAAAGGUCUGCAGAGGGUUUAGUGAGGAGAGACCUUACCAACGCUACCCGUGAGGCAAUAUGAAUUGUUUCAUUGAAUUUUCUGCUUUAUUUGAGGGACUGUUUCCCAGGCUCCUACGCUGUUCAGUCCUCCCUUCCUGGAUCCUUUCUAGCACUGCUGUGGAGCAUGAUUAUGAUGCUGCAUUUGAGAAACCCCCUUCUGUAUAGCUUAAAGUAACCCCGCUAAGCCUAAAGGACAUGCAGUCCCAGUUGUGUUUUUGCUAGUGAGGUUUUAACUAAGCAGCAGGCUUGGCUAAAAAGCAUCAUAAGUGUGUGAAGUCACUCUUAACUUGCAACAGGUCGUUUAAAAUAGAAAUCCAUAGCGAAAUGAUUCUCUUUAAUCCAGGAAAUUCUCCCCUUGGGGCUUGCUUCUGAGACUCCUCUAAGUUUUAAUGGUUUUCUUAGAAACCUAAGAACUUCCUUCUCUUUCUGUUUUGGUGCUAGAGAGAAGCAGAGCAUGAUUUUCUUUUCAUCUUCUGGAAAUCUGGAAUCACUCUGGGUGUUUUCGCUCUUAGUACUCCACAUGUUGUAACCUUGUAUUUUUUCCUCGCUUUUGUCACUCUGGGAUUUACCACAAUCUGGCUGUUUUGUAUCAAACCGCUGCUGGGCGAACGCGCCAGAGCUCUCGGAGCCGGUGCAGUUACACGGUUGUAAAAUCCCUGUUGGCAAAUGGGAUCUGGUUUUUUUGGGGUUACACAAAAAAUGGCCCGAGCAAACGAGUGUGCAGUAAAUGCAAAUUUCCUCCGAGGGGUUUGGGCUUGUUUUCUGGUAUUUCAGAUCCCGGCGUGAAUAUAAAUAGGUCAGUUAAAAUACCAUUAGCAGGUCAAUAACAGGUUUUAGGGGUUGAUUUGAGGAGGGAAUGUCAGGGAAAUGAGCCCAGCUCCUGGAAUGUCUUCUCUUAGCAGUUAAUUGUGCCUGGGGUGAACAGCAUCCCUCCGGAGGGAUAUGGUCAGUAUUGAGAGACGGGGAAGGGAGCUGAUGCAUUUGAGCUACAACAACACUGCAGGGAGUAGAGAGAAGUAUAAGCUAUAACUAUGGGAUUCCGUUGUGUUCCUUACAUGUUUAUGCUGUAUUAUAUAUACAUAUAUCUAUAUCUGUUCAUAUAUACAUAUAUGUAUAAAAUUACACAUGGAUAGUAUCACCUUUUUCCAAGGUUGUUUAUAUUUUGUUCAAUAUUAAAUUAACUUGCUUUUUGGGCCGGUUUUGUUCUUUUUCUAGAGGUGAUUACCCGUGAAUGUAAAUGUGUAUGAUUUUUAAGAUGAAAUUGAUCCUUUUGUUUAAAAAAAAAACAGAAGAAAAAUGGCCUUCAUCAAACAGUGCUUUUUUGGGAACCGAAGAACUAACUGUUAUGCAAGUGAACCAGGCUGGCUUUGAUUUAGCACAGAAUGUGAUUGUAAGUGCUGACAUCAAACUUUUUAAUAGUGCAUCCUUCCCUUGUUUUGAAUAUAUAUAUUGAAAAGCUAUUAAAGUACAACGUACUGUAAGUAUUCUAUUUUGCAACAUAAAUUAUGUAUCAUUUCUUUCCUACGACAUUUUUUUUUCCUUUUUUUUACAGUAGUUAAGCACUUUAAGACCCCAUGCUCUGUUACCUGUGGAAAUGCUGGAAGGAUUUCUCAUCAGAGUUUUGUAGCUGUCGCGAAAGAUGCCUGCUUGUAGGUGAAGGUGGGAGAGAUGCCUUACACGAGGUCUGAUCCAGCCCCACGCGGUCGAGGACUAAAUUACUGGUGACAAGAGAAAAAAGGCAAAGCCCAUGAAGAAAGGCAAAGCCCGUUGCAGUUGAGAAUGCAGAGGUAGGAAGGUGUUAGUGCCCAGGACCCGUUGAGUUGGUAUUUUUGGGGGGAGCAGUAUCCUGCACCUCGUGUGGGGCCGUGUUGGUCUGGUGCUGGAGGGGAGGUGGUGAGGGGAGUGGUGGCUUUGUCCUGCUCCGCACCGUUGGAGUUGCCUUGCUUCAGGAUCAGGUUGUAGUUUGCGGGCCAGGAGAUGGCAUUGUUACUCAAGAAGAGGUUUCCAGCCUGUUUGAAAGUUGGGAUUAUACUUUGUCCCUUCCUGCAUGUUAAAAAGCC